AUCACUGCCAACGAAUCCAUGCACAUCCCAUAGGUGCGGAACCGCCAAAUCGGGCGCCCAGUACUAUGCAAUUUACAUCUUCGGUAGGUCACCUAGCAAGUCUCUCGCACUCUACCUUCCAUUCUGCAUUCAAAUCUUACGUCGAAGGCAAAAUUUCUACGCCCCCCUUGUUGGUUUUCCGUCAGCUGCUAAGAUAUCGGGUUAAGCCCAAUGAUUCUACCUUCUCCUUACUCAUUAAAGCCUUCGUUGUAUCGUCUUCAUCUUCUUCUUUUGCACCAUCAUCCUGUUCUGAGAAUGCAAAAGUGGAGGCGAAUCAGCUCCAAACCCAUUUCAUUAAAUGGGGAUUUGACCAAUUUUUGUAUGUUAGUACUGCCUUUCUCGACUUGUAUUCAAAAUUGGGUUUUGUUAAAGCUGCUCGACGUUUGUUUGAUGAUAUUCCUGAAAAAGAUGUAGUAUCGUGGAAUGCGUUGAUAUCUGGCUACUCACGAAGUGGAUAUAACCAUGAUGCCUUCGAACUGUUUGUCGAAAUGCGCAGGAGGGGGUUCAAUCCUUGUCAGAGAACGUUGGUAAGUUUAAUUCCUUCCUGUGGUACCCAACACUUAUUCGUCCAAGGAAAAUGCAUCCAUGCGUUAGGUGUUAAGGCUGGCCUUGAUUUGGACUCCCAAGUGAAAAAUUCUCUUGCAUCGAUGUAUGGUAAAUGUGCAGAUUUAGAAGGGGUGGAACUCUUAUUUGGAGAAAUUAUUGAAAAAAACGUAGUUUCUUGGAAUACCAUGAUUGGGGCAUUUGGCCAAAAUGGGUUCUUUGUGGAGGCAAUGCUUGUUUUCAAGCAAAUGCUUGAGGGAAGUAUCAAUACUAACUCGGUGACGAUGGUCAGUAUCUUGUCUGCAAAUGCAAAUCCAAGAUCUAUCCAUUGUUAUGCUACCAAAACUGGUCUUAUGGAAAAUGUUUCCGUGGUUAUCUCUCUAAUUUGCUCGUACGUAAAAUGUGGAUGCAUACAAAUAGCAGAACUGAUUUAUAUGUCAAAACUCCAGAAAAACUUGGUUGCAUUAACUGCGAUUAUUUCAGGCUAUGCUGAGAAAGGUGACAUGGGAUCUGUGGUGAAGCUGUAUUCCCGUGUGCAGCAUUUAGAAAUGAAACUAGAUGCAGUUGCAAUGGUUGGUAUAAUCCAAGGUAUUACAUAUCCUGAUCACUCUGGUAUUGGACUUGCUUUCCACGGUUAUGGGCUAAAGAGUGGGUUAAUUAUUGAUUGUUUGGUUGCAAAUGGUUUCAUAAGCAUGUACUCAAAGUUCGAUGAUAUUGAUGCAGUAUUUACUUUAUUUCAAGAGAUGCAUGAAAAGACACUGAGCAGCUGGAAUUCUGUGAUAUCUAGCUGUGCACAGGCAGGUAGGUCAAUUGAUGCCAUGGCUUUGUUUUCCCAAAUGAAGUUGUCAGGUUAUGGGCCAGAUUCAAUUACACUUGCUAGUUUACUAUCUGCUUGUUGCCAAAAUGGGAACUUGCAUUUUGGGGAGAUACUUCAUUCCUAUAUUCUAAGAAACAAUCUGGACUUGGAAGGUUUUGUUGGAACUGCUCUUAUAGACAUGUACGUCAAGUGUGGAAGAAUGGACUUUGCUGAAAAUGUGUUUAAGAGCAUGAAAGAGCCAUGUUUAGCUUCAUGGAACUCACUGAUCUCCGGUUAUGGUUUAUUUGGGUUUGACAAUCAUGCUUUCCUCUGUUACACUACAAUGAUGGAGAAGGGGAUCAAGCCCAAUAAAAUAACUUUCUCAGGAAUUUUAGCUGCUUGCACUCAUGGAGGACUUGUUGAAGAAGGAAGAACAUACUUCGAAAUCAUGAAGAAAGAACUUGGUAUAGUGCCAGAGUCACAACAUUGUGCAUCCAUGGUUGGCCUGCUUGGACGGGCAGGCUUGUUUGAAGAGGCAAUUCUAUUUAUCAAAAACAUGGAAGUCAAUCCAGAUUCUGCAGUGUGGGGAGCAUUGCUCAGUGCUUGUUGCAUUCACCAGGAAGUUAAGCUUGGGGAAUCUGUGGCGAAAAAGUUGCUUUUCUCUAACUGUAGAAAUGGGGGAUUUUUUGUGUUGAUGUCAAAUCUUUAUGCAGCAUCAGGGAGGUGGAAUGAUGUAGCAAGAGUCAGAAAGAUGAUGCGAGAAAUGGGAGAAGAUGGUUGUUCAGGUGUUAGCCUUAUGGAAUGGAUUUCCUAGGAAGACACAGACAGAGACUUAUAUCUGUGAGAAUUUCAUUUGAAUGGAUAUUCUUGGCGGUGGCAGCCUAUAUUUCAUUGCAGAGCCCUCAUUCUGAGCAUACUAGGAGUAGGAUAGGCAUUUGACAAGUGUAGUGCAAGUGAUCUAAUUAUUUAGCUUCUAUCUAAGACAAAACUAUUCAUUUGCUUA